AUGAACUACCUCUACUCAACAGUCAACACCCUCCGGGACCGCUACACCCCCGUCACGCACACCUCCACCUUCCGCACCACCGGCCAAAUCACCCCCGAGGAGUUCGUCGCCGCGGGCGACUACCUCGUCUACAAGUUCCCGACCUGGUCCUGGAGCGACGCCGACUCCGAGUCCCUGCGCGCCAGCUACCUGCCGCCCGGCAAGCAGUUCCUCGUCACCCGCAACGUGCCCUGCCACCGCCGCCUCAACGACGACUUCGCCGGCGACGCCGCCCACGAGGAGUCCAUCAUCCACGAGGGCGACGACUUCAAGGACAAGGCGGCUGCCGACUCAGCCGAUGACGACGGCUGGCUGCGCACCGGCGGGCUGGCGAGCUCCCAGCCGCUCAAGGCGCGCGAGGUUAAGACCGUCGACGACUCGGGCAACGUGGGCGACGACGACUUGUACGGGCUAGACGAUGACAUUCCGGAUAUGGAGGACGAGGAGGAGGACGAUGCCGUGCUUCGCAUCGAGCCUGGUAACACAGCUCGACGAACCUACAACCUCUACAUCAUGUACACGCCCUACUACCGAACGCCGCGCCUCUACCUCUCCGGCUACCAAGCCAACGGCCACCCUCUCCCUCCGAUGAAGAUGAUGGAGGACAUUGUUGGCGAUUACAAGGACAAGACGGUCACGCUCGAGGAAUUCCCCUUCUUCUCCAGCCGCGUCCGCAUGGCCAGCGUGCACCCGUGCAAGCACGCGCCCGUCAUGAAGUCGCUGUUGGACCGCGCCGACGCCGCACUGCGCCUCCGCAGGGAGAAGCUCAAGGCGAGCAAGAGGCAGUCCGCGGACGGUAAAGACGUCGAGGGCCUGGCCGAGGAGCUGGGCAACCUCGACGUCAAGGGCGCUCACGAGGCCGCCGACAAGGACGAGUGGGAGGAGGUGCAGGAGAACGAGGUGGACGACCAAGAGGUUGCCAUCCGAGUAGACCAGUAUUUGGUCGUCUUUCUCAAGUUCAUGGCCAGCGUCACCCCGGGCAUCGAGCACGAUUUCACCAUGGGAGUCUAA